UGGGCUGUGAGGGGGAGGAGGAGGAGGGAGGGCUGGUAGGGAUGGACAUCGUGGGGGAGGGGUGCCCGCAGGCCCAGUGUCCUCCAGCUCCAGUUGCAGCAUCUGCGUGGACCAGUAAGCCUUUCCCUGCCUGACUCCUGCAGGCUCCUCUCCUGGGCCUCAGUUUCCCUCAGCUCCCCAGCUCUCCCUAUCUCCCAUGCACAGAGCAUCCAGGUGGGGGUCUCUGUCUGCGGUGUUAAUCCCUCUCUUCUUCCUCUCCCUUCUCCUUCCCACUGGAGUAGUUUUCCGGAACCUCUGGUGACUGCCUCAGGAUUCUGAAUUUGGAGAGGAAUCCUUCCCUCAAAACCUCAUUUUUCUUGCUUUCUUUGGAAAAUUGCUCAAAAAGAAGCACAUUCAGCUCGGAGUUAGGACAUAUGGGAACAAGCUGGGCUGGCUGGUCCCUCCUCUUCCCAAGCAGCAGGAUCCUUAUUUGUAGAAAAGAGGGUAUUGGCCCAGUGAUCGCUGUGGUUCCUGUAGCUCAGUGUUAAAAGUCCAGAGUUCCAAUGUUCUAAGAUUUUGACGUCAAGAGUUUAAAGGCCCUCGUUUCUAAUCGUCUGUGGCAGGUUGGUGGGAAAGGUGUCAUGCUAGGGGGAUGGGGCUUGGCUGUGCCCAGCCCUGGUCAAAGGUACCUUUUAGGCAUGUGCAAGGAGGCAAGCUGGCUGUCCUGUGCUGGGCAAUGGCCCCCAGAAAUCCCAGACACCUGCAGGGUGACCACAGCUAGGGUCUGCCACGUGUGAUGUUGCCUUGAGUCAGGCCUGCGCUUACCUGGGGAGAUGAGUGAUUGUGCCAGGACGGUGGUGAAGAAUGUUGUCUUUGUGGUAGGUCCUUCAUAAAAUGGUAGAAAGAAUAUAGGGACAGACUCAUUGUCAAGUCCCAGCUUGGCUUUUGGGUGGAGAAGGAAUCUUUCCCCAUGUAACAUGAGUGAAGGAAGGGAUGGGGCAGGUGUAGGUAGGUCUGUAGAUAUUGGGAAUAGAGUGAGGAGGUUGCUUCUGAUGGCUCCCAUUUUUUUCCCCACCAAAUAGGAUGGACAGUGGGGAUAGGAGCUUUGUGGAGAGCGGGAUUAGAAUGAGGGCACAUUUGUGGACAGAGGGUGAGGACACUAUCCAAAGAAACAUGAUCCCUAAGAUAUCUGGGUCAGUCAUGCACAGGGUCCAUCUGAGGUUGGCUGCCAUGAGUUUACAGUCCUACCAAGCUUCUCUUUGGGGCUAGUUUUUCCCUAGCGACAUUCAGCACAGGUAGGUGGGAAUUGUGUUCAUCCAGAGUGAGUGUGACCAGAAGACAAGGCAGGGGAGGGAAUAAGAAAAUGAGUGAGAUAAAUUAUGAUUCUAAGCUGGACAAAGAGAGAAGUGGAGAUAGAAAAAAAGCUGAUGGCUAGAGAGAGAGUGGCCAAGUCAAUGUAUAUUUGCUCCAAAGAGUAGAGUUAUUACAGCCGGAGCAGUAGAUCAAGUGUGCGGGAGAGAGGUGGGACUGAGAAGAGAGAUAUAAACCAGUCUAAGAACAGGUUAAUGUCUAUUCUAUGUAAAGAGCAAAUAAAAUCAGGGAGAACACCAAGAUUCUAGAAAAUUGGGGGGCAAUAAACAGAGAUGGAGGAAAUACGGCUGAAACACGCAGGAAGAAAUGCUCACCCUUGUUUUGAGGAGCCCUGAGUUGGGUGUACCCAUGCAGGUGACUGCAUUGUGGGGCCAGACUUGGGGAGUACUUCACCUGACCCUGGGCUCUGGGAACUCUGCCCCUGAGAAGAUCUCAUCCAGGAGCUGGAUUUAAGGGCUAUAAAUAGCUUCCUAAGUCCUCACUAGGUGCCUCCCAGAAGCUUUGCUCCCAAGGAAAUGUAUAUAACCCUUGAGAUGCUUGAGGGUUCUAUUCAGAAGCCAAGACCAGAGAUGCCUGGCUGUUUGAGGCCAAGAUUAAGCCCGCCUUCCUUUGUUUAUUCGGCAAGUCUUUGUGGGGCCUUAAAGGGACUGAGUCUAAUGUUGGAGGAAGGGAGCACCCUUAAGUCAGAUACCCUGGGUGUGUGUUAGUGCCAGCAUCAGGUGAGGAGACUUGCGGCUCCUGCUGGCUGUGACUCAGUGACACUGUGAGUCCAAGGUUCAGCUAGCUUAUGUGGGCACAGAGGAGGGGGAGCCUAGAUCUCACUCUUGGGGAGCUUCUAGUUUGGUUGAUGGGCUGGGAUUUGUACUUGGGGAACCAUGGGAGCAGCCCAAGUCUGCAGGAGGUCAGUAAGGAGGUCUGUGGGAGAUGAAUAAGGCUGCAGUAGUGAAAGAAGGCUUCUUGGAAGAGGUGGCAUGAUAGUUGUCCAAGAAAUUGAACAAAGACUGAGAUCCUAGCCCCUGCUGCCUGCCCCAUUUAAAUGUGGGGCAGAUGGUACAAUAGCUUGAAGAGAUGUUUCCUCAAGGCCUUUACUUUCCUCUUUUCAUGCCCUACUUUGCAAGAGAAGAUGGAAGAUGGUCUUCCUGUGCCCUGGGCAUGGUGAUUGCUGUGGGUCUGGGAGGGCAGGGGCUGAGGCUGUUCUUAUAAGGAGAAGAGCAUUUCUACCACACCGAGGCUUUGGGGCCCUUCAGCAGGGCUUGCUGGGCUGAGGCUCUGGGUUCCUGCUCUGGAUACUCUGUUCUCCAGAUUUCUCAAAUCCCUAGGAAUGGGUGUGGGGAGGGGUUGGUCUGACAGGCCUCCAGUUUUCUUUCUUACAGCCUUAUUUCCUCUGUGUGUGUAUGUGUAUGUGUGUCUCAUGUAUCUGUGUGUGUGUAUUCAUUGACGUGGACUGUGGGUGUGAAUCUGUAUAAAUGCGGUUUGCACAUGUGUCUGUGUGUGUCUGCAUCUCUGUGCUUGUGCUGUUUGCGUGUGUUUGAUUGCGGGUCUGUGUUGAGUUAUGUGUGUGUGUGUCCAUGUCCGUGCGCUCAUGUAUUUCUGCAUGGGCCUGGGCAUCUGUGUGUGUGUCUGGUGUCUGUCUCUGUGUGUGCAUGGGCUCCUGGGUCUGCAGUGAAUAGCGUCACGCUGGCCGUGAACCUGGUGGGCUGUCUCGCGUGGCUGAUCGGAGGUGGGGGAGCCACCAACUUUGGCCUCGCCUUUCUCUGGCUCAUCCUCUUCACACCCUGCUCCUACGUCUGCUGGUUUCGGCCCAUUUACAAGGCCUUCAAGACCGAUAGCUCCUUCAGCUUCAUGGCCUUCUUCUUCACCUUCAUGGCCCAGCUGGUCAUCAGCAUCAUCCAAGCCGUGGGCAUCCCAGGCUGGGGUGUCUGCGGCUGGAUCGCCACCAUCUCCUUCUUCGGAACGAACAUUGGCUCAGCGGUGGUGAUGCUCAUUCCCACUGUCAUGUUCACGGUCAUGGCUGUCUUUUCCUUCAUCGCCCUCAGCAUGGUUCAUAAAUUCUAUCGGGGAAGUGGGGGGAGUUUCAGCAAAGCUCAGGAGGAGUGGACCACAGGGGCAUGGAAGAACCCACACGUGCAGCAGGCGGCCCAGAAUGCAGCCAUGGGGGCGGCGCAGGGUGCCAUGAAUCAACCGCAGACUCAGUAUUCUGCCACUCCCAACUACACGUACUCCAAUGAGAUGUGAACCAGCUGAGCCUACCGAGCGCUGGCUAGGGGCCGGUGGGACGGGGGUUCAAGCCACAUGGUCUAUUGUGGUGACCAAGCAGGGUUCCCCCUUCCCUUUUUCUCCUCCCCCACUUUGUACAAAGAAUCAGAGUUAUAUAUAUCUGUAUAUGUACAUCCCCUCCCCGCACCUUUUGGAUUCUGCUCUCAGCACCCUGAGAGCUGAGGGCUGCACGUGGAGCUGUCCCGUGCAGUGGUAGCUGUGUCUGUGUCCCCUUGUGAACGGUGUGCAGUGGAAGUCUCUGUUGUUGUGGUGCUAGACGUAUGUUUAGAACUAAACCAGCUCCCCCCCACCAGGCUGCCCCCUCUGACCCUGGCCCAGAGACCUCUCAUGGGGCAGGGGGAAGCAUAGCAGAGAGGCUGGCCCCCUCCCCAGGGUUAUGAGCUGAAACUGUUCCCACUUUUGGUCUUACUAGGAAGCAACAGUAUUUAGCGCUCAUGGGGUUGGUAGGUGGGAGGGUGGGACCUGUAGGGGAGCUUCCCUUGCUCCUUCUCAUCCAGGUUUCUCCCUCCUCAAACUCCUCCUCCCCUCCUCUCUUCCUGCUGUCACACUCCUGUGGUCUCUUCUGCCCAGGGUCUCUCUCUUUUCCAUGUGGCUUUUCUUUGUCUUCCCCAAGGCUGAGUGUCCCAGUUGUUCUGCUCCUGAGGCUGAGCCCAUUCCCAGAACAAGGAAGCAGCCAGGGGAGCUGGGCCUUAGCCUCGAUGUGGGAGGGCACACAGCCAGAGUUGCAGAGCCCACCUGGGGAUCUGACUCCCAGGGAAUGGAAAUGCAAGGCAGAUUCCUCUCUUCCCUGCCUUGCCUUCCGCUCCUCUUCCCAGAGCCCCCUUGAGCCCCUCUGCUUAUAUCCCUCCCCAUACUCCCAGCUUCUGUGGCCCAGUUCUCCUACCCUACCCCUACUGUGCGCUAGGUGGCACCUGCCAUCCAUGAGGACAGAGUCCACUGCCUUUCCUGAAGAUCUGGGUGGUGUCCAGGCAAUUUCAGGUGUAAAGUGCAGCUGUCACAGAGGGUAUGUGAAUAGUUACUGGCCCCUGGGGACAUAUGUUUAGCCCCAGCCCACUGGGCAGGUGCUAGGUGUCUGAAUGACCACUGGAUUCCUGGGAGCAAUAGCUGUUCUGUUUGGGCCUGAUAGAAGGGACAGGUUCAGAGGGUUGGGCCUGGAGGGAAGAUCAGAGGAGAAGGCAGGCAGGGCCCAGUGAGAGGGGAUCAUGUCCCCCCCCACCCCCAGCUUGCUCUUGGUCAUAGGGCAGUUCUGGGCACUUGAACUCAAGGCCCAGGAAGAAGCACAGGCCCAACCCUGUGUGCGAGCACAGUGGCCAGAGUGGGAGUUCAGGCGAGGCUAGGUGGGAGGGGAGGCUCUAUGGCUCUUUUUUUUUUUUUUUUUUUUUUUUUAAUCAAAUCAAGAUUACUUGCUGCCCUCUGCCUAUCAGACUUGGUUCUUUGCCCUUCCUCACCCUGUCAGAACUCGUUUCCCUUCCAGGACUGUGCUUGCAGACCUGUAGGGCUGUUCUUUUCCAAGCACUGUGGGAAUGUUGCUGGUAGAGGCCCUGGCUCUCUCGGAGGCCUGGAGGAGGGUGGGUUCUUAACCAAGGAGCAGCUGCCCAUUUCUCACUCACUGCCCCCACCUCUUACUUAGGUUAUUUGGCUUGAAAAACCAAGCCCCGCCUGGCUACUCUGGGCUGGCUCCUGCUUAGAACCCAACACCUGGACUCAGGUGCCAUCCUGAGCUUUGAGCUCCAGUACUCUACUUUCCUGCAGGAGGAGCCAGGGCCUCUGGAAAGCUCUCUCCCUAAUGGUCCCUUAGGCUUGGGCCAGACUGUGAUCAGCUCUCUCUACCACAUUCUCUCUGGAAAGCAGUUGGCACAUCCCCUAGUACCUGAAUACUGAUCUGAGGUCUGGGUUCUUCCUCCCUUUUCCUCUCCUGCAGCCCAGGCCUCUGGCUCCCUUUCUCUUAGUCUCUGGGGCUCCAGGAGGCCUAUGGUCCAGCUGCCAGCCCAGCAUCUUUGACCUGCUGGAUGCUACAUCCAGUCAACUUCCUGUCCUACCUGCCUUUCCUCUUUCCUGGCUCAGACCUAAAUGGCCAUGCCCUGGCUCUGCCCUUGGGAAGACCUGCUAUCUGUGUGUGGCCCAGCUUAUCCAGGCCCUGGGAUGCUGCAUCUCCAGGCAACUAUGCACUUUCCUGGGGAGGGAACCAGUCUGAGAGGUGGGUGCUGGGCACAGAUUCAUCUCUGCUGGAUGGUCUGGCUUGAGGGUGGGGUGGAGGAAGGCCCAGGUCAGUCUGGGAAUCCUCAGGUUUGCGGCCAGCCUGUGACCAGCUUCUGCAUUUUGUGGGUGCCCACUGCUCCUCCUUGUUUCUGGGAGACACAGACCAUUCUCCAACUGGCAGUUGACCUGCCUGAGCCAAUGUGUCUGUCUGUGGUAACUGAAUGAACCUUAAUAAAGGGAACAUUUGGCCCUCUG